CCAGCCGCACACGUGGCACAUUGACCUUAUUCCUUGUUGGCGGCAACUGUCUCUUCUUGUCCACGUCAUCACAUAUACCGUGUGCCACGACCCCCGGAAUACUCGAUUCCCGAUGAAACCAAGUCCUUUCCCUCCCACCUUCAUCGUCAUCCCAAUCCUAUAUAUAUAUAAACAAUUAUUUCAAGGGAAUCGAAGAAAAACACAUUCCCGAUAUUCACUUUCCGGUACGGACAUAAAAACAAUAUGUGUAGAUCUACGGAUUACCACGGAUUCAACAACCCUAUAACUCGGACCCGGUUAAAGAUCCGAGCCUUCGCAGUUCGGUUUUCGGGUUUGGAUACCCGGAAACCCUUACCCAACUCGCUCACGCUCAUUUACUUGCCGCGGAUUAACGACAACGAGCUCGAGGUCGACGGGUCGAAGAUCCGACCCGAUUCGCCAGCCUUCGUAUCGCUCCAUCGAGGAGUGGUCGAUUCCGAAGACGGCGAGGCGUUGUUCGGGAGCAGAGAUCGGGUUUUGGUCGGCGACGGCGUUCGGUUCGAGGUUUACUUGAGGGAAGAGAAGGUUUUGAAAGGGAGUUUCUGGAGAGAUUACGGCGAUGAGUGGCGGUUGGAGUGUAAGUGCGUUUUGGAGAGCGAUGUCGCCGGAGCUGAAGCCGAGGCGGAGGUUCGGGUGGUUGCGGAGGGACACGUGGCGAUGAGUGAGAGAGUGGCUAUGGUGGCUCGGAGGAGACGGGGGUUUCGUAAUGGGUUGGAGGACAUUCCAGAGGAGAGAGAGGUAGAUGAAGAUGAUGAUGAUGAUGAAGAAUCUGUGUGCGGCUGUGAUUGCUCCUCCGGUGAACCGGAGAUUGGAUCGGACGGUGGAGAUUGGGUGCGUGAAACGGACGAUGAGGAUGACGUUGAGAUGGUUACUGAAGGCGUGAAAUGGGCCGUGGAUGUGGGCUUUUGGGUCAUGUGUUUAGGUGUGGGCUUUUUGGUUUCUAAAGCCUCUUCCAAGACAUUGAGACGCCGAAGAAUGUUAUAAUUACUAUUUUUUUUUUAAUUUCUUGUAAAUACCACAAUAUAACAAUUUUGCAUAGCCCAUGGGCCUUUAGCCUGAGGCCCAAUAACAAACCGUGGUGUUGUCAAAAUCAAAGGUGUUGGGAGUUUUUGCUUUCGUGAUUUAAUAUUCGAGACUUGUGACUUUUUUAUAAGAAAACAUUUUCCAAUGGGAAAAAGAAUAGAAAACAACUUUUAUAUUUUUUGGUUUUUUUUGAAUAAGCAAUAAUGACAUAAUAAAUAAUUGUUAUC